GCUUAUCCUACGCCAUUCACGCUUCUCUUUACAAUUUUUUAUUGUUAAAAAAAAAAAAACUAAGCAGUGACCCAGUGAGUGUCUGCCAUGGAUCUGUGAGCUCAGCUUGUUCCAUUUUUGUUUUUAUUUUUAUAUUCAUUUAUGAGAUCUAUACUAUAAGCUCCUCCGUUACGUUUUACGAUCUUAUUCUUAUGUCAUUUGUGGAAACUUCCGUUUUCGGUGGUUGCCCAAGUCGUGCUCCAAACGGGACUUGAGUUCGGCUUACGGAGUCCGACCCGAAUGGUCACAGUACAGUGCUACCGCUACCACUACUACUACGACUAUGACUGCUUCAUAGGAGUCUCUGCGCGCUCGAUCGGCAUGGUUUUGGGUCCGGCAUUAUCGUGAUCGGCCUUGUCUUUGGGGGUUUGGUUGAAUGUUUCAGUGUUGCCUCUGAUGAACCCGCUUUGCUGCAUUGCUCCGGUUUCGAUCGACCGUGACCGGACCAAUCCUGUCGUAGGGAAAUCUCCGGCUCAGUGCCCUCAGUUAGGGAUCGAUGCUUCGAUCAGAAGCGUUAGCUAUGGUACGAAGCCGAGCUUAUCGGUUCAGGUAUCGUCUGUCGGUACGGAAUCGGAUAAAGCGUCGGCGACACUGAACCAAGAGGUGGAGGAUACGGUCACCGAGGCUAGGGAUUCGAAGGUGUUUGGUGGUGGUGGUGGUAGUGUGGCUGGGAUUUUGUAUAAAUGGGUGAAUUAUGGGAAAGGUUGGAGGUCGAGGUGGUUUGUGCUUGAAGAUGGAGUGCUUUCGUACUAUAAAGUUCACGGACCAGAUAAGAUUUUGAUGAGCCCGGCGAGGGAGAAGGGUCUUAGAGUGAUCGGAGAGGAUUCGUUGAGGUAUAUGCGGAAGGCUAAUUGGGGUAGCAGUAAUCGACUUGGUGCGUCGGCUAGGCCUUGCAAGCCAUUUGGGGUAGUUCAUUUGAAGGUUUCUUCAAUACGUGCAAGCAAAUCUGAUGAUAAAAGGCUUUCAAUAUUUACUGGAACAAAGACUCUUCACUUGCGUUGUGUAACUAGAGAGGAUAGAGCUGUAUGGAUUGACGCACUGCUAGCUUCUAAAGAUCUUUUUCCUCGAGUGUUGACGAGCUGUGAUUUUGGGGCUUCAGAAGAUGUUGUUGUUUCAACAGAGAAGCUAAGAUCAAGACUAGUGCAGGAGGGGAUUGGUGAGGCAGUCAUCAAGGACUGUGAAUCAAUUAUGCUUUCAGAAACCUCAGAGCUGAAAAAUCAAUUGAAGACUCUUCAGCAUAAACAUGUUCUGUUGUUGGACACGUUGAGACAGUUGGAGACAGAGAAAAUUGAGCUGGAAACUACUGUUGUGGAUGAAACAAAGGAACGCGAGUCAUAUUGUGGACAAGGGAAUAGGAGGUUUAGUGAUUUCUAUUCUGUCAUGUCCGAGGGUAGUGCAUCUGAUUCUGAUGCAGAUAAUGAAAGUCAAGAUGGAGCAGAUAUUGAAUCAGAUGAGGAAGAUGGAACGUAUUUUGAUACAAAUGACUUUUUGUCUGCUGAUUCUUUGAGAAGUGCUUCUUAUCGGAGUAGGGAAGGUACUGGAAAUGGUUGUCUAUACGAAAAGGAUUCUUUCUUUUCUGAUAGAUUGCGUGGAUUUGAGAGUGAGAUCAGGAUGGUUGAAUAUCCAUUUGUUAAAAGAAGGGAUAACUUGCCAGAACCAAAGGAGAAAGAGAGGCCAAUUGGACUUUGGUCAAUUAUCAAGGACAAUAUUGGAAAGGAUUUAUCUGGAGUCUGUCUUCCUGUUUAUUUUAAUGAACCUCUCUCUUCAUUACAGAAGUGUUUUGAAGACCUGGAGUAUUCGUACUUGGUUGACCGGGCAUUCGAAUGGGGAAAACAGGGAAAUGACUUAAUGAGAAUUCUAAACGUUGCAGCCUUUGCUGUAUCCAGCUACGCUUCAACAGAAGGUCGGCAGUGCAAACCCUUUAAUCCUCUCCUUGGAGAGACAUAUGAGGCUGACUAUCCAGAUAAAGGACUUCGGUUCUUCUCUGAAAAAGUGAGUCACCACCCUAUGGUUGUUGCUUGUCACUGUGAAGGACAAGGCUGGAAAUUCUGGGCAGACUCCAAUCUCAAAGGCAAGUUUUGGGGUCGUUCUAUCCAACUGGAUCCUGUUGGUGUCCUUACACUGCAGUUCGAUGAUGGUGAAACAUUUCAGUGGAGCAAGGUUACCACUUCUAUAUACAAUAUCAUACUUGGAAAAUUUUAUUGUGAUCACUACGGCACCAUGCGGAUCAAGGGCAGUGGCACAUAUUCAUGCAAGCUCAAAUUCAAAGAGCAGUCUAUCAUAGACCGUAACCCACAUCAGGUGCAUGGAUUCGUGCAAGACAACAAGACGGGAGAAAAAGUAGCAAUGUUAGUGGGCAAGUGGGACGAAGCAAUGUACUAUGUGCUGGGAGAUCCAACUACAAAGCCAAAAGGGUAUGAUCCAAUGACCGAAGCUGUGCUACUGUGGGAAAGAGACAAGUAUAUGACCAAGACGAGAUACAAUCUCUCACCUUUUGCGAUAUCUUUGAAUGAACUGACACCUGGCCUAUCGGAUCAAUUGCCUCCAACUGACUCAAGGCUUAGACCAGAUCAAAGACAUCUUGAGAAUGGGGAUUAUGAAUUGGCUAAUGCAGAAAAGUUAAGACUCGAACAGCUACAAAGACAGGCUAGAAAAUUGCAGGAGAGAGGAUGGCAGCCGAGAUGGUUUCAGAGGGAUGAGGACGGUUGUUAUCGAUACAAGGGUGGGUACUGGGAAACUAGGGAGCAAAGGAAUUGGGAUGGAAUUCCUGAUGUAUUUGGCCAGAGUACUGAUAUGCCUUCAUGUUCAGGAGAAGAGCAAGAAGAGUAAUUCUGGUCAGACAUCAUUAUAAUAUUUUGGUUUCUUCAAUUUUAUAUCUAUUUAUCUAUUUAUUUGCCUGUUUUCUUCCGAGAAUGCGAGUUUAGUGUAGACCAAGUUUAUAUAAAGGAACUCAUCAUUCUACAAGGUGUAUUAUUGUAAUUGCUUGUUUUGAAAAGCUCUUUCAUUUGUUGUUGUUGUU